UCUUUUCUAUAAUUCAAAACAAAAAACAAAAAUUAUCUUUAGAUAUCUAACUUCAUAUGAUGUACAUUCAUCACCAUGGAUGAACCUCUUCUCUCUGGGAAACAAGAAAUAGUAGAAGAAAAGCCUACCAGACCCUCCUCUCAACAGCAAUUACCAGCACAAAAUAAUCAUGAAGAUUCUGAUUUAAACCUCUUAGCCAACUUGAGCAACAAAAUGAAGAUGGGCGCUCGGCGCUGUGAUUCUCUUCCAAAAUAUUUGCUUGGCAUAAGGCAAAAUAAUGCUGAGGUGAAUCUUCCUGAACCACAAGCAUCAUCUCCUAGAAUCGUCCCUUUAGCAUUUAUCGGUGUCAUUUUAUAUGUCAUAAUUGUAGUUACAAUAUUCAUGACAAGUGGGAGUUUUAAAGGUAACACUACAUUCAAGCCAGUAGACGCCUUGUACUUCACUGUGGUGACGCUUUGCACGGUUGGUUAUGGUGACAUUGUACCAGACUCCACUUUUACUAAACUGUUCACAUGUGUUUUCAUUAUAGUCGGUUUUGUAAUCUUUGAAUUUUUGCUCAAUUCGUUCGUAACACACAUUUGUAACAAACAAGAGGAAGUGUUGUUGAGUAGCGUGGAUGAGAAUAAGUACAAGAAUUUGUUUCAUACAUAUAUGAUAGAUACUAAAAAGGGAAGAGUGAGGAUAAGAACUAAAGUGGGGUUGGCUUCUGGGGUUGUGAUUGGAUGUAUUGCUGUAGGAACAAUUACAGUGCAUUUCUUAGAGGGUAUGAGUUGGGUUGAUGGUUUUUAUUUCUCAAUUACAUCAGUGACAACAGUUGGUUAUGGGGAUUAUGCUUUCACAACAAUUAAAGGAAGGUGUUUUGCAAUUAUUUGGCUAUUGGUAAGCACAUUAGCUGUUGCCAAGGCAUUCUUAUACCUUACCGAGCUCAGGAUCGAAAGGAGGAAUCGCAGAUUUGCACAAUGGAUUCUUCAUAAGAAGAUCUCUGCCAGGGAUUUGGUUGCUGCAGACCUCGAUCAUGACGGUACUAUCAGUAAAGCCGAAUUCAUCAUAUACAAGCUCAAGCUGAUGAGAAGGAUAACACAGAGAGAGACCCUGCAGAUUGCCAAAGAAUUUGAUUUACAGGACACUAGACAUUUUGGCAAACUUACUCUGAAUGACAUCCUGAAUAUGGAAGCUGAAUGACUCAAAUAUGGUUUUCCUAAUGGAAAUCAAAGAUGAUGACUUUCAGGAUAUUGCUUAAGCAAUAGCCUUCCUAAGGCCUCUCCAGCUUGUACAGAAGCAAUGUGAGAGUUCACAAUCAUUCUUCAUCAAAAAUAUUGUAAGGGACUUCAAAUAUAUUUUUUCAGAAAUGCGGUCAAAUGGUUAUGCUAAUUGGGGCUAUUCUUUUGUAAAUGCUUUCAAAUACGUAGGGAUGCUUGGGUAUCUCAUUUCAUUUUUACCCUUUGCAAUUCAUUCUUAGCUGGAGAAGUUAGCUUUUUAUUUCAUCCUAAAGAAUGUAUACCCUGUAUCAUUGUUACCCCCUGCAAAUUGUACUUUUUUGUAGAAGAAAAACCAAUUGUGUUAAAACUAGAAAGACAAAAAGUACAAAAGGGGCAGCUGCAUACCCAUGGAAACCCCUACAUAUCAAUGGUACAGUGAAUCAAUAAUCUAGUCAAGUUUCAUAUCUUUUCAUCUCC